AUGAAUUUUAUAUCCAUUAAUAUCAGAGGUGCUGGCAAUGAGGCAAAAGCCAGGUGGGUGCGAAGGAUGGUAAUGGAGCGCAAGAUCUCCUUUCUUGCGAUUCAAGAAACUCAGUUCUCAGAUGGUUCGAAGAUUAUGACCGGGGAUUUUUGGGGAAAUACUCCUUUUGUUUCGGAGGUGGUUGACUCAUCCGGGCGGUCAGGGGGUCUUAUGAGUAUUUGGAACCCAAAGAUCUUCUCAAAAGGUAACGUUCUCAAACACCAUUUCUUUUUGGUCAUAAGUGGGAAAUUGAAAGGUUUGGAUAAGGAGUUUCAUGUCGUGAACCAUUAUGGACCUCAUUUAUUAGUUGACAAGAAAUCAGUUUGGAAUGAGCUCGAAGGUUUGAUGGCGUUGAAAGGUGGUAUUUGGAUUAUCAUGGGAGAUUUUAACGCCGUUCAUUUUCCGGAUGAGCAUUUGAACUCCUCUUUUGAUCCAGCUUGUGCUCGUGACUUCAAUGAAUUCAUAUACGACGCAGGUUUGUUUGAAUUCGCUAUAAAAGGCUCUAAAUUCACUUAUUGCAGAAAUCGAGGGAGGAAAUUAAGUAAGAUAGAUAGAAUUUUGGUAAAUCAGGCUUUCAUUGAUUUAUGGUCUGAUGCUUGUUUCAUGGCUUUACCGCGGUACUUAUCUGACCACUCGCCAAUUAUGUUAAUUACUGAUCCGUUUGAUUUCGGCCCUAUCCCUUUUAGAGUUUUUAAUUCUCGGCUUGACAAUAAGGAGUUGGAAGACAUUGUUAAGAAAGCUGACAUCGAGUUCACGUUUACGGGUCCUCCAGACUUAUUUUUAGCUGAAAAGCUAAAAUGGUUUAAAGAUAAAAAUUAA